UUUCCUCAAGUUCAAUUUUUUGGGAUUCCCUCCCACCCCUAUCACAUCUCGUCCGUUUACUUGCCAGUUGUGACUAUUUAACCCACUUUACCUCUCCUUUUUUCGAUUCUGCGGCGCGCAUCGCAUCGUCCCGAGUCUUCCGCUUCUUCCUCUUCUUUUCCUGCUCCAGCUCUCGGACUCCUCUCUCUCGCUCUCUCGCUCUGCUUCGAGUUUUUUUUUUUUUAGGUUUUGUUUGUUCUACUUAAAGGAAUGCGAACAGUUUUUCCAUCUGUCGUUAGUGUGGCCACAUGACGAGCUGCCCUGAACAUUUCCCCUCCGGUCCUCUGUCAGGUCUGACGAGCCUGUACCUGUCCAUGGUGCUGAAACGCUUUCUUUCCGAAGACACCGGUGCGCUGCUGCUGCUGCUGCUGCUGCUGCUGCUCCCAAAUUUCCAGACAGAGUCAUUAUUUCCGCAUCUUUUCGGGUCCUGCAGGUGAGAUAAUUGCAGCAUCUUCCCUGUGAGGCUUCUGGACUCAAACAGAAGGAGUUGGGCCAAAGGGAAGCAACAAGAAUCGACUGUGACUCUGCCAAAAGAGACUACAGCGGCUGCAUCGAUUGCAGGAGGACUCCUCUUUCUAGACUUGACAAAAAAAAAAACAACAACAACCAGAGAAUCGGAUGCAUGGGCGAUUGUUGUAACGCAAACUUAGCCUGGAGAUAUUUGCUCUUUAGGGAACCAGUCGGGAAACUGGAAAUAGCGGAGGAAUAAUCUUCAUUUAGCGUACCCAUAAACAUUUGUUUUUCUUGGUGCGGGGAGGGGGGGUACUUUCUCCUCUGCUGGAUCAACCUAGACUUAAACAACCCCCCCCCUCCCCUCCCUCCCUAAAAUAAAACUUGUCCUGAAUACCAAAUGGUAGUUUGAGGAGGCCUCGAUCAAGACAAUGGAGUCGUCCGCAAACGGGUCCAAUUUUGGCAUCGACUCGCUGCUGUCCCACAGGCCUGGAAGUCCGCUGUCCAAAGGGGACAGCCUGGCGGGGGAGUGCCGCUCGCCUCUGGAGUUCAGCCCGAGAUCAGACGCGGAGAGCGGCUGCUCGUCGCCUCCAUCGCCGCGGAGGGAGUGCGUAGACGAGGUGGCCCAGAGGCAGGGUCACGGCGUCGGCCUGCCGCCGCACCUCCAGCACGCGCAGAUAUCUGCGGGCUCGCAGCAGAGGACCGUGACCUCUUCGUUCCUCAUCAGAGAUAUUCUCGCGGACUGUAAGCCCCUGGCCGCGUGCGCGCCGUACUCCAGCAAUGGCCAGCCGACUCAGGAGGCAGGGAGGCUGGCCUCCAAGAUCGCGGAAGACUUUAUGGAGAAAAUCCACAGCAACUCGUCGUCAGACAGCGAAUAUAAAGUGAAAGAGGAGGGCGACAGGGAGAUCUCCAGCAGCAGAGACAGCCCGCAGGUCCGGCUCAAGAAGCCCCGGAAGGCCCGGACGGCCUUCACGGACCACCAGCUGGCCCAGCUGGAGCGCAGCUUCGAGAGGCAAAAGUACCUGAGCGUCCAGGACCGCAUGGAGCUGGCGGCCUCCCUCAACCUCACCGACACACAGGUCAAGACCUGGUACCAGAACCGCAGGACGAAGUGGAAGAGACAGACGGCGGUGGGACUCGAGCUGCUGGCCGAAGCUGGGAACUACUCCGCCCUGCAGAGGAUGUUCCCGUCCCCGUACUUCUACCCGCAGAGCCUGGUGUCCAACCUGGACCCCGGAGCGGCCCUCUACCUGUACAGGGGCCCCUCGGCGCCCCCGCCGGCCCUACAGAGACCUCUGGUCCCGCGGAUCCUGCUGCACGGCCUGCAGGGGGGCAGCGAGCCGCCUCCGCCUCUGCCCCCCAUGUCCGGCGUGCUUCCUCGGCCAGCUCAGCAGCGGUGAGCCGGCUGCUGCGUAUUCUUUUUCUUUUCUCUUUUUUUUUGUACGACGAUGGCAGCUUCGGACUCAGAGGUAGAAAUAAAAACAAAGACAGAAGAGAAAAUAAAAACGUGACGAACAAGAGAAGAUGAAGAAAAAAAACAACAGUUGGAGGCCUUUAUAAUGGUGCGAAAUGGCCGAUUUAGGCUGAACCCUGUGGACGGAGCUUUUGGGACUCAAACUGUCUGUGUGGAAGGAUUUUUUUUUUUUUUUUUGGGACAUGAGCUUUAUUUAUAACUUAUUUAUUUUUCAAUAUGAAUCUAAGUUAUGUAUUUAUUUGAUACAAGUUGCAGUAUUUUCAGUGUUUUCAGUUUUUUUUUCUCCAUCAACAGACAAUUGUUGGUGGCACUUUGACCUACAGUUCAAUGCCAAUUAGAUCCCCUAUUAUUAUUAUUAUUAUUAUUAUUAUUAUUAUUAUUAUUAUUAUUAUGUAGGCGUUCAUGGAUAGUGGCAGAGGCAGAACAUCCUUCCAUGUAAUAUGAAUAUAAUGUAAUUAGAGGAUCCAAAGGAACAAUGAGUAGCCUAAAUCUGUCAUUGAUUUUUCUUUACACGUGAAGAACAAGACGAUCAGCAGUCAUAAACCUGUAAAUAAGAAUAUUUUGCAUUUUAUCCGAAAGAGACUGAUUUUAAAGAAACUUGUUUUUUUUUCUCCUGUUGGUUUGAUCCAUUAGUGCGUCUUUUUCAGACCGCGGUGAUCCAGUUUGACGUAUUAGGCUAGAUUAGCCAUCAGAAACUAUACAGGCGAACGAGUCAGAAUAAAAAAACAAAACAAUAACCAUAUUUGUCGGAGAAAGAAUGCCUGGACCCACAUUAAAAAAAAGGCACAAACACGAGAGCUACGAAAAGAAAGAAAUCUAUAUACAGUCUUUUUCUUGUUCUUAGUUGAAAGUUUUAGCGAAGUAAAAAUGUCAAGUAAUUUAUAUAAAAAAAA